GGAAUUUAAUUCGAGAUAAACAACCAAUUGUCCUUCGAUAAUAAAAAUACGGACCCCAAUUCCGGGGAAGCACUCAAUGACAGCAAAUUGUCCCGUUGCUCGCUCAUCGAUUCAUCGUUCACGAUUCACGACGAGGGAGAAAUGAAAUGAAAUAAAAUACUCCGUAGUAAAAUAAGAAUUCAAUCGUGCGAAAAAGAACAUUUUAUUCUCACCGUCUUUCUGAUCGAAAAUCCGGCUUUUUAAUCAUCACGGAGCACUUCUACGGUGGUGCAGGAGUAGUUUUUGGGCGGGUCAAUGGGUGAUCUUGCGGUGGAAGGGAGGCCGUUUACGCAGCAGCAUUCUCCGUCGUCUUCAACGGCGGACGCGGACUCGUUUUCAAUAGGGCAGGAGCGUUGGGCGGCGGCGGAGAUUGUCUCCGGAGGCAUCCUUCGGAAGGUCCGACCAACAGCUGUGUCUGAAGAACGUAGAAGGGCUGUCAUCGACUAUGUCCAGAGGUUGGUCCGAAGAUCCCUUGCCUGUGAGGUAUUUCCUUAUGGAUCUGUACCACUAAAGACCUAUCUCCCUGAUGGGGACAUUGAUUUGACUGCCUUUGGUGGUCCGAUGAUGGAGGAUGCAUUGGCUAGUGAUUUAGUAUCAGUUCUUGAAGAAGAAGGAAAAAAUAAGGGUGCGGAGUUCAUAGUUAAAGAUGUCCAACUCAUUCGUGCUGAGCACCCCACAUAUACUGAUUCCUUUAGAUCAAGUUCAGCUUUCCGCUCCAACUGCUGUUUCUUUUUGCACAUCAUUAGAGUCUUGAAACGGCGUGUGACAGUCAUGCAAACAUUGCACAAAAAUGAAGGCUUGUGCUUGCCCGGGCUGUUUCGUAGUUUUUGCUACUGAGGAGGACCCACAUUCCUGCUGAAAAUAGUGUUACUGAAUUUGCCGAUGUUGUUCAACUUGUUGAAAAAAUAUUGAAAAUAUACUUCAUUUCUAAACAAAUCAAAGAAAAUAAUACCUAAAGAGAAUUAAGAGGGAAAAAUGCUUUGUCAAAAAAGAGGGAAAAAUGCCAGUAUCCUUUAUUUCGGAAACUUCAACAAAAAAGUGCGUUCUGAACUGAUCUUUUUCUAUGAUCAAUCAGUAUGUUAAUUUUUAGAAAAGUGGCUAUAAAGUUGAUAAGAGUAAUUAAUAUGAGAUCAACAAACAUGCACUAAGACUACAUUCGCCCACUUUUCUGUCAUUGAAUAUACUUCGUUAGCAACUAACAUAAUGUUGGGUUAUUCGGUGAAGGCUUUAGAGCUGUGGGCUUUAAGCCUGGUCGGCUAAAGGGAAGAAACAUGGGGGGCCGGUUUUAGUUAUUAAUUAAAGGGCCCAUUAGUUGUUUCUUGUUUAGCAAGUUGUUAACCCUAGUUUAUAUCUUAUAAAUACCCAAUCAUGUAACUAUAAUCUGUGAGCACCUAAUAAAAGAUAAACCCUAGCUGCAACCCGUGGAGGUUACUGACCGAACCACGUUAAAUCUCGUGUUCUU